CACCACCCGGAAGUAAUUUUGUUUUACUUUUCUGUUGACACGUAAGUAGGAGCCGUGCAAAGUUGGCGGUGGUCGGCAUUUCAGUACUUUGGUGCAGCAGUGAAGGAACUGCAUAGAGAUUGAAAUGUCAGGUUUUGACAACUUCAACACGGAUUUUUACCAGUCCAGCUACAGCGUCGACGACCAAAAUCAGGGAUACGGCUAUGGCAACACAGAUGACCAAUACAACAAGCAGUACGGGCAGUAUGACUACUCCCAACCGAUGGGCUACGCCGCCCCGGGGGUGAUGCCCCAGCCGCAGCAGCCCUACACUGGACAGAUCUUCCAGCCCACCCCUGCAUACACUCCCGCCAGCUCACAGUCCAUGUACAGUAGCAGCUUUGAAGAUGAGCCACCGUUGCUGGAAGAGCUUGGAAUCAACUUUGACCACAUCUGGCAGAAGACGCUGACGGUGCUGCACCCCAUGAAGGCGGCGGAUGGAAGCAUCAUGACCGAGACGGACCUGGCCGGGCCCAUGGUGUUCUGCCUGGCCUUUGGAGCUACGCUGCUGCUGUCAGGGAAGAUCCAGUUUGGCUACGUGUACGGCAUCAGUGCUAUCGGCUGUCUCGGCAUGUACUGCCUGCUGAACCUCAUGGCCAUGACCGGCGUGUCUUUCGGCUGCGUCUCCAGCGUCCUGGGCUACUGCCUGCUUCCCAUGAUCCUCCUCUCCAGUUUCGGCGUCCUCUUCUCCUUACAGGGCAUGUUCGGUAUAGUCAUCACGGCGCUCAUCAUCGGCUGGUGCAGCUUCUCGGCCUCCAAGAUCUUCAUCUCGGCCCUGGAGAUGGAGGGCCAGCAGCUGCUGGUGGCGUACCCCUGCGCCCUCCUCUACGGCGUCUUCGCCCUCAUCUCCGUCUUCUGAACUGUCACCCCCCCCGUCCCCUCGUCCCCAGACCGCCCGCCCUCCAUCCCACCCUCCAUCCCUCCCUCUCGCCUCCCUCCUCUGGCGCUCCGGUGGCGUAGCCCACAGAAGACCGAGCACGCGCAGACCUCUUGCUAUGAAGGACCAGGGUUGGGACAGGGUGGGCCUCCUCUACAUCUUGGACUUAAUUGCCUCUUCCCAUCCAACACCCCCCCCCCCCCCCCUCCCCACACACCCCUUUCUUUGCAGCCUCCCACCCCACCACACAUACCAAAUUCAUCACAUCACAUCAUUUUCUUCUUUUUUUUUUUUUUUUUACACGGUUAUGCAGUCUAGAUGUUAUUUUUGUUUGUUUGACGUGCGUGUGAGAGUGUGUGUGUGUGUGAUUGUGUGCAUAAGGCUAAGUGAGGUUAUGUGUGGUGAUAUCUGUGUGUCUCUGUAAAAGUGAAUGAUUUAGACGUUGAGGCCUUUAGAAAAAUGGUGUGUCCAGGUACCAUUUGUCAUUUUCUUUUUCUCUUUUUUUUUCUUUUUUUUUUUUUAUAAAGAAAAUCCGAGCAGAACCUUGAAUGAAUCACAUUAAACAAGGUUGUGGGGAUCAGUCACGGAUUCUGGAGAUGUUUAAUGUGUGUAUUUAAUGAUAUGAGUAAUGAAAUGUGCUAGCAUUAACAUGUCAUCAUACACAGACACACACACACACACACCGCCUAGAUUUUCACUACCAGACAGGUGGUUUGCAUUCCAUUUUUGUUGUUGUAGCCGUUGAUUUAAUGUUGACAGAUAAGAUGUUUUAAUUGAAAUCACCUCACCCGUACCCCCUCGUGGAGAUACGUGCGUUACCACAAUCUAUUCAAAGCAAGCAGAUCCCUGUGGGUUACAGAGGUAAGAAGGUGUUUUUGUGUAUGUUCUCACUAUUAAGUGAUGGCAGGACCGUGAGCGUAGCCACACGUGUGCACACACACACACACACACACACACACACAUGCAUGCAUGCCACAGCAGUCAACAUUCAAGCACCAUUGGUUUGUUUUAAACCGCUUCUCCACACUAGCACGUCGUCUUCAUGUGUGAGCGGCCAUGUGCUGUUCAUGUGGAGUUGGGCCCUGUGGACAUCUGUGUGUUUUGGAUGGACUCUGGUGCAUAUGGCUGGAGCACACACUGUGUACCGGUGGCUAACGAAGCAUGAAAUGCAUGCAGGGCAUGUGGAGGGCGUGGUCACUGUUGUGCAUCGGGAGUGGACUGGUGCAACCAAAGAGUUCACCCUUGUGAGUGUCUUCAACCAUCCAUCCAUCCAUGCAAUUGGAAAUUGAUUUUAGGGCAGAAUGUUAUUUUUUUUUGAGAGAGAGAGAGAGAGAGAAAACAAGACUGAUCCAUGGAAAGGAGAUUAUCUCAUAAUAUUGGACGAGUUUUUCUGGGAGGGUUUUUGUAUUAUCAUCAUUAUUAUUAUUUAUAUAUAUUUCUGGUUGAGGUGUUACCUCCAAGAUUCCAGCCCCCCUCAUACAGUGUGUUUCUAAUGCCUCAGGUUAACAUUCACGAUGUCUUGACUACAUGUGUCAUUGUGUGUUCUCUGGGUUCCUGCAGCCUUAUUUACAUCCUGGCAUUUCACACAAGAUCUAAAUCCAGGGAAUAUCUGAUCCUGAAUCCUUCCCUCCAUACCCGCCCAACACACACACACACACACGCACGCACGAGCGAGCAAGCAGGAUCAUCGCUAUGAUGUGAAAUGAUCUGUUUCACUUAGACCAUUUCCAUUGUCAUGCACAAGGUUUUUUGUUUUGUUUUUGUUUUUUAAAUCAUAUAUAAUUUUUCUCCACUUCUUUUUACUUACAUUGUGCUCAUUCCUCUUCAAAUGCAGAUGAAAAACCCAUGGACUGGGUGCAAAAUGGGAGGCUUUCUAUUUUCUAGGACCCCCUCGUAUAAAGAAUGAAUAAUGCAUUAAAUGCUUGCGAAGAGCUUUUCUAUGCUAUGUAUCUGUUUAAGAUGGAAGCAAGGGGGCCAUUUGUAUCUUCACCUUACAGAGCAGAGGUGACUGCUCUCUGAUGGCCAAGUAUGUUUGUAUACUGUAUAAUUUGUUUUGUACAUCCAACAAAAAAGAGACAAGUUCAAAAUGUCACUGUUGUGUCUUGUGGAAUCAUUGGUGGAUUGGAUUUUGGGCGUCAUGCUUUUAGUGGUUUCACUGGCCAUUUUAACAAAAUAAACUAUUGGUUGUAUAUAUUGAA